GGACGAACUUAUUAGCAAGUCUUUCUCUGGGCGUGAUGGACGAGGAUAGUCAGUUUCCUUCUUCUGUGGCGACUACGCUUAAUCUCUCAGAGAUUACAGUCUCAUGUAUUCAGCCACCAAUGUCAAGCUCGGUAAGAAGGAGGAUCGGCCGCUUCUGACCGGCGUACAUACCGUUGCCGACGUGCAUUGCCUAGGCUGCAAUGAUAGGCUUGGUUGGUAUUAUCACAAAGCAUCAGAUUACUCUCAAAAAUACAAGGAGGGUGAGUUCAAUUCGUUUAACUUCUACAUCCUCGCCAUAUACCUGUAAUACUAGGUAAAUAUCUGCUUGAGCGAGAGAAGCUGGUCAAAGAGAACAACUGGACGUUAGAUUCGGAGGAAGAGGUAUAAUAA